CUCUUCACCCUCUUGAACUAGGCCAAGUACAAGCCUACCUCGCUAAGAUUUCCAAACCCAAUCUCCUAAACUCCCUCCUUCGAACCCUCACACUCAAUCAACUCCCUCGAAAAGUUCUUCUAAUUUACAAUCAAAUGGUUCAGCUCUCUUCACAUGAUCACUUCACCUACACCUACGCUCUCAAAGCCGCCUCUCUUCUCCUCCCAAACGCCACCCACAAAGGCCACGAAAUCCAUGCCCGCGUCCUCAAGUCCGGCCACCACGCCGACCUCUUCAUCCAAAACGCUCUCAUAAACUUCUACUCCUCCGCCGCAGACGUCGCCUCCGUCCGCCGGGCCUUCGCCGGCAUUGCCCGGCCCGACGUCGUCUCGUGGACUUCGCUCGUGUCGGCCCUCGCGAGGAGCGGCCGCGAGGCAGAGGCCCUCGCGGCCUUCGCCUCCAUGGACGCGAGGCCGAACCCGAUGACGCUCGUGAGCGUUCUUCCGGCCUGUUCCCGUCUUAAAGGUCUAAACUUGGGGAAAUCCAUCCAUGCGUUUGGUCUUCGGACCUUCGGCGGCCAUGGGAGUAAUCUUAUUCUUGAUAAUGCGAUUCUGGAAAUGUAUGUAAGAUGUGGUGAUUUGGUUGCUGCGCGCCAUCUGUUCGGAGAAAUGGCUGGGAGAGAUGUUGUCUCAUGGACUACCUUGAUUGCCGGCUAUGCGCGAAAUCAAAGCUCGGAGGAAGCAAUCGCGGUUUUUUCGGAAAUGCUAUGGGAUGGAGAAACGGCACCCAAUGAAGCGACUCUGGUGAGUGUGCUGCGAGCAUGUGCCUCCUUGGGGGCGUUAAGGUUUGGCAAAUGCGUGCACUCAUGCUUUUUUAAGAAUUGCAUUGGUGUUGAUGGAUUGGUGGGUAACGCUUUGGUUAAUUUUUAUGCCAAGUGCGGAGAUGUGGGCAUGUCUGGUAAGGUGUUCACUGGGAUUUCUUGCAGGGAUUUGGUGUCUUGGUGCACAAUGAUAUGGGGGAUGGCCAUGAACGGGCGAGGCAAGCAAGCUUUGCAGCUUUUUGCUUCAAUGCUGUGUCAAGGGGUUAGGCCAGAUGGUUUGGCCUUCCUUGCAGUGCUGUCUGCGUGCUGUCAUGCUGGGCUGGUUGACCAAGGUUUGAUGAUAUUUAGGGCCAUGAGUGAAGUUUAUGGGAUCAUGCCCCAAAAGGAGCACUACACAUGCAUGGUUGACGCCUAUGGGAGGGCUGGGAAGUUAAAGGAAGCAGAAAGUUUAGUUCAGGGGAUGCCAGCUGAGAUUGAUGGUCAUGCGUGGGGAGCAUUGUUAAGUUCUUGCAGCUUGCUUGGUGGUGAUAAAGUUGAAUCCGAGAGCCUUAGUGGGCAGGUUCUUGAAGGAGAUGUAAGUGUUGGAGGGGGCAUGUAUGCACUUGUGUCAAACAUGUUGGCUAGUGGUGGAAGAUGGGAGAGUUCACACUCUGUAAGGGAGCUAAUGAAAGCUCGGAGGAUUAGAAAGAUAGCUGGGUGUAGUUGGAUUGAGCUCCAUUGAUCUGGGUUGUGCAAUUAAUGCAGAGAUCUUUGUGAAUUGGACUACUGCUUAUUGCUAUGAGAGAGUGAAAAGUUUCAGAGGCAUAUGGAUUUAAAUGUUGAACAAUAUGCCCUUAAUGGCCCAUGAGGAUCUAAUUAGCUGGAUCAGAAGCUAUGAAAAUCCAGCCAGGAAUUGUUCUAAUGAGGAUCUAAUUAUCUUCUCUCAGGGAAUCUCAUUGUCGUGCACUGUUGUCCAUAGCUAUUCUGGCCAGGCAGGUACCGUUUCUCUUGUCUCUAAAGUUCAUAACCAAAUUAGCAUUUUCAUGCAAUUUAUGUAUUAUCUAUAUACCUUAUGAAAUCUAUGUUGUGAAUCGUACAUGGAACAUAUGCUUACAUAUUUAUGGUUUUGUUGGUUAUCCUGCCUAAGUUGUAUAUGGUUUUUAUAUGUUUGUGUAAUUUUAUGUCAUUUCUUUGUAAUUUCUUGUAAUUUUCAGGAUGUUUUUGUAAUCAAUUUUAAAGUUCCAUAGAUGCCCUAA